AUGUUUUCUCAUGAGACUUUUAGAAUCAAGGGAUUCCUGGCCAAGAGACAAAAGCAGAAUCGUCCCAUUUCCCAGUGGAUUCAGAUGAAAACUGGUAAUAAAAUCAGGUACAACUCCAAGAGGAGGCAUUGGAAAAGAACCAAGCAGGGUCUGUAA